AUGUGUAAUUAAUCCAAUUCAUUCUCAGAAUUAUUAUUUUCAGAACUUAAUUUGCUACAUUUCUCCUCUACGCCUAUCAAUUUAAUUUAAUUUUAUUUUAGUAAGUAAUUUAUUAUUAUUUUUUAUCCAAAAUUAAGCAUAAAAUAUUUUUAAAAUUAUCAAUGUCUUUUGAAGUAAAAAAUAAAAACAUACAGAGAGACAGACAGACAGACAUACUCACUUUCCUUUAAAUUAAUAAACUCGUUUUUACUUAAGAUCAAGAAAUAAAUUUUAGAGAUUAGUGAACUUUACUAAAAAGAAAGUAUCAUUAAAUAGUUUAUUAUAGGAAAAAUGAAUAAAAAAAUAUGA